CGACAAGAAGUGUUGUCACUGCUCUCUUAAUCUCCUCCUGUCAACCGUUAAACCAUGAACAUCUGGGCAGUAGUGGUUCCUAAAACCCGAGGAUCCUGCUUGUCUGAAAUGAAGGUCUGCAUUCAGGACAGCGUGUGCAACGCACAGCUCUCAGGCCUCUUUAAGUCGUGCUCGGAGCCCGGGUGCGAUGGCGUACGCUGCCAGCGGGCCGCGCGCCGUUUCUAUGAUGGCCUGCCGCUCGGCGUGGCCGAAAUGCUCGUCUUCUGCGCCUGCGAGCCCGACGACCCGCAGUGCCUGAGUGUGAGAGCAGACAUCCAGAGCCCCGCAUGUCCUGAGCGUCCAGAGGGAACCAGGACGAGGACGUGCCUGGAAGCGCGAGACGACUGCGUGAAGGACCCGCUCUGCAGGAAACAGUAUGGGACUUUUCAGUCCAAGUGUCUGAGGUCUGAAUCGAUCUUUUGCCACGCCGGUGAGAGUUGUUUCGGUCCCGUGGACCUGGACCUCAUCCUUGGCAGUGAUUUUGAGUGCAGGAGGGCCUUCUUUGGUACCAUGGGCACUGUCCUCCACCAGCCGUGCACCUGUGAUGGGCUCAACAGCGACGAUCGCCACGCGUGCCUCUUUUUCCGAUCCAUUUUUCAUGAUAAAUCACCUUUCGUUCACGGCCAGAAUAAAGGAAAUGAGUCACAUGAAGCGGCACACGUUGAGAGCAGAGUGCUGGGAUUGCCGUGGUUCGGCUAUCAAGUUGUGUUUCUCUUGGUUUGCAUCCUCAUUAUGGUAACCUUGAUAACGGGCAUCAUGGUGGUUUUGCAUAAACUUGGGUAA